AUGAGAAGAUUUUCAAAGACGCUUUGCAAAGUCCUUUUAACUUAUUCUGAUUUGGUUAAAAAAGAUUUCCCGAACUACGUUGGUGAUGAAAAAUUGGCCUGCAUAUUGCAGAAUAAUAUACAACAGCUUAGAGUUGAACUGGAAAAAAUCUUCCUUAUUAUGGCUGGCGAUUCAAAGAGCGAAGUCGAUAAAGUCUGUACAGAUCGGUUGCAGAAUUUGCAAAAUCAAUUAUUUAACGUCAUUUCCACUUUGGCUUCACAAUUUGUUGAACAUUUUACGCCAACAAUACACGAAAAAAUUACCAAAAUGGGAGCUAUAUUGGCUAAAAUAAAAGGUCCCUUGGACAACAAAGCCCUUCUUGGUCCAUUCAAACUACAGCAGUAUGCUACAGAUUGUGUAAAAGCUGUCUUGAAAUGUUUAUUAAAGGCUUUAUGGACUUGCGUGAUUAACGGAUUGGAAAAGCUGGUUGUUUUGCCUCCGUUAGAUAAUAAAGCGUUUUUAAAACAAAUUCCUGGUACACGACUUGGUGAUGUUACCAGAUUAAUGUCAACGCAUUUACGUGAAGUAAAAAGUAUGACUUCUGUGAAAGAAAUGAUGGAUAUAGCACGGGAAAGUGACAGAGCUUUAACACCAAAACAGUGCAAAGUGCUGGAUCUUUGUUUGGAUGCAAUCAAAGAUUCCUUCCAUGCUGGUGGCCAGGGUCUCAAGGAAGCAUUCUUUGAAAAGUCACCAGAUCUGAAAUCGCUAAAAUCGGCUUUAUCACUGUACACGCAGCCGACUGAACAGUUAAUCCGCAAAUUUGUGAAGACCCAGAAGGACCAAGGUGCGUUGGCACUAGAGGAGCCAGUUGGAGAAAUAAGCGUGGAGGUCGAUCUCUUUGAUAACCCGGAAACUGAUGAGAAACGUAUUACAAUUAAAGUAAUCGCAGCAAACGAUUUGCGAUGGCAAACAAAUCAUGUGUUCCGACCAUUUGUUGAAAUUCACUUGAUCGGCCCUUCACUGGCCAACAAGAAGAAAGUUGCUACCAAAUCUAAAGCCGGAGCAUGGGCACCUAAAUUUAAUGAAGUAUUCAACCUAACCGUUAGCAUGGACGUUGAUCUAGAUCAAUAUGAGCUCAUAUUCCAAGUGAAAGACUAUUUCUUUGCUCGUGAUGAUCGCAUUGUCGGUGUUGGCGUCUUACAACUGUCGGCUGUUACGGAACGGAGUAAAUAUGCAAAUUGGAUUCAGUUAGCAAGACGACUACACAUAGAUGAUACGGGUCUAAUCCUUCUCAGGAUAUUAAGUCAACGGCAAAGUGAUGAGUUGGCCAAGGAAUUUGUACGGAUAAAGUCAGAAAGUCGGUAUGAAACAGAAUCGUCUUUAGCAGCUGCAACAAGUCACUCGACGUUGACUGGUGAGCCUGAAUAGUG